GAAGUCGUGAUGAAGUCGCGAUGAUCUCACCACAGCUUCCAGAAUACUCCAAGACUCCGUUUCCAGUAUGCCGACGAAGAUUCAAGAAUCAUCUUUGUUUACACUCCUCCAACUAUAAAGAAGUCGUUCUAAUCCUCCAUCGUCUGUCCUCUUCUGUCACAACACAAGACACAAACAAAUCAACACACACAACAAACACUCUUACAACGCGCUCACACAACCAAGUCUCAAAAGACUACACCUCUUUCUAAACCAAUCAUCAACCAUCAACAAACAAACAAUCACCAAGCCUCUCAUCUCAUCAUCCAAAAUGGCCUUUCUUCAGCGCAACUUUUACACUCCCGAGACCUCUUUCACUCCUCUCUUCCGCCUUCUUGAGGACUUCGACAACUACUCCCGCCAAGGCAACGACAACCAGCGUACCAGCCGCCGCACUAUCGCUCAUUGGCAGCCCAAGUUUGACGUCCGCGAGACGGGCGAAGCUUACGAACUCCAUGGCGAGCUCCCUGGAAUGAAGAAGCAGGAUGUCCACAUCGAGUUUACCGACCCUCAAUCGAUUGUCAUCCGCGGCAAAGUUGAGCGCACCUACACAGCCGGUACCCCACCUGCUGGUGCUCUCGAAGACUCCUCCAAGAGCGGCGCCAUCACUGAGUCUGGCGAGCACGAGCGCCCCAAGUCUCCUCACCAGGCUACUGUCGAGGACGAAAACGAGGCUGGAAACACCACCGCCCCUGCCGAAGGCGAGGUGGUCAAGGCCGACUCCUCCAAGAAGCAACCUACCGACUCCGCCAAAUAUUGGCUCACCGAGCGAAGCAUCGGCGAGUUUUCUCGCACUUUCAACUUUCCCGCUCGUGUCAACCAGGAUGGUGUGACGGCCAGCUUUACAGACGGCAUCCUCAACGUUGUCGUUCCCAAGGCGGCCAAACAUGAGCCUCGCCGAAUCAACGUGCUCUAAAGCACUACCAAAACAAAUUUCUUCUCUAAUACCAUUUUCUACUUUCCUUUGUCGACGAGCAUAUCAUUAAACAAUCAUUUCGGAGAUGACAAAAUUGCAUGGAAGGGGCGUUUUGAAUUUGAGCUAUAUGGUGAAGAUCUCUCCUUAAGGGUGUGGAAACAGCAAGUGAUGGAGUGUGAGUUGUAAAAGCGUUGAAACUUUAUACCUUCAUUUAAGUUUUACAAUCUAAACAUAGUCAACUAAUACAAUACAUUUGAUAAUAUACAAAAUUCUCUUGACUCUCAGUGACGCAAAAAUUUAGACUGGUGCAUAUCUAGGUGCGACAAAAGACGCUUCGGAUUAGAAUUACUCAACGAUGUUAAUCGCCGCU